CAGCAGCCUUAGGAACAAACAUGGCGCGUCUUCAACAACAUCUUCCUCGAUAUUGCCCAGGUGGCAGGCACAUCAGUUUAUAGCAUAACUUACUCUGAAUAGACGUUAACCAUCAUGGCGGACGCAACUGCGUCCUUCAAAGACGUCCCAGAGCUGUUCGAGGUUGAACUUGGAGAAGCCUUGACAGCAAGGACCGAAAGUCUUGCAACAUUUCGUGAACUUGGCCCGCCAGACCUCUGCCAUAUCGUUAAAAGUACAGGACGCACUGGACAGCGCGAUAUUGGCUCAUAUCACUAUGUAUCCGGAGUAGAUGCAUCCUCUUCAGCAUCCCUUGCCGCGUAUAUUAACUCUCUCACAUAUUCCAUCGAGGACAAUUCUGCCUGGUUUUCGAAGAGUACAGUGUGGAAAGUCAAGAGUGGUUGCUAUUGUUGCUUCAACGCGUUCUCUCGCGUAGACAUUCGUGUAGAUGUGAAGAUCCCUGGAGGUGUCAAUGCCUAUGUCGUAGAUCUUCGCGGCGAGCGACACGAAGCGACCCCAGAAAUAUGGCAAGAAACGUUCCUCUCUGCGCUGCUUCGAGCUAUCCUCUACUCCGACGACCCGACUUACUGGUUGGAAGCUUACCGAAAACUCGAUCCUAUCACUGGAAUUGAAGGCGAACUCCGUUUUUUGCAGGCGGCUGAGGCCUUGUUUAUGAAGGGAUGGCAGGUUGGAUCGGAUCCCGAGAUCCAGGUUGCUACUGUGGUUUCUAACCACUUGACUGCGGGUAUAAUGAAGUACUUCGGCGAUAGCGGUCGCUGCCAGCCAGCAGCAAACUUAUUCGAGAAGCUGUCUGCACGAGAGCCGGAGAUUGCCUCGCUCCUGGCAAGGAGUUAUAUUGGAAUGAAUGAGGAAGUAAAGGCGGUCCAGAUCAUGUCUGCUGCCAUGAAGCACACCCCACAUUCGUACACCCUUCUUCACGUACAAAGUGAUUUCCUACGGUCCAAGGGCAGGUCAGACUGGGCAUUAAAACUCGCGAGAGAGGCUGUUAACUGUGCACCGAGUGAGUUUGUCACUUGGGAGAAACUCACCGAGCUGUACAUGGACACGAAAGACUACGAAUCGGCGCUGCUAACGUUGAACUCGUGUCCGAUGUUCACCUUCAAUGGACGUGAUGCUCACCGUGUUCUCGCGCCUGCAAAAGUCCAUUUGCCCUUCAAGCGCCAGAUUGGCGACAUCCUCCCCGAAAAAACGAAAAGUGAAGACGAUGUGGCCGACCCUGCCCUCCUUCGCCUUCCUGCGCCUGGUCUUCGUGGAACAUGGGCGAGGGCUUAUUCCUUGCUUACACGUCUUGUCUCUGAUAUAGGCUGGGACGAGUUGCUGAAGACACGGAGUGCAGUGUUUGUGAUGGAAGAAGAGUACCGGAUGCAGAAGGCCCAUGCAGACAUCCACAAAGUGGUAACCAACAACAGCGCACGAGAUGUGAACGGAAGUGCAACAAUGAUCCACGAGGAUGGCUCUUUGACCGAGGGGAGCACAAUGCUCGCAGAUGAUGAUGCGUCUACUCGUGGGGUGUCUAGUCCCCUCUCGGAAUCAGAGGGUAAGCCUGAAAUUGAGAAUGGGCUCAGUGCUUCCGCCAUUCCAAUCAUCCGUGUGUCCUCAGAGUAUGACACGGAACGCGAAAUUGCAGAGUCUACUCGUAAUGGCAUUGCAGAACAGGACGAGGCGAAAGAGUCUGCAGACGUGCAGAACCCGGCACUCGAGAAGCCAAUGCAAGCUGCUGCCGGAGAGGAGCCCGAGCCGUUGCAAUCACUAAACUCCAAUCAGGAGGCGUUCUCAUUCACGAAUAAGCGCCUGUGUGAGCGGUGGCUAGAUAACCUCUUUAUGGUUCUCUACGAGGACUUGCGGGUGUGGACAAUCUUCCGAGCAGAAGUUGCACAUUUUAAGACACAGCACGUUGCGUACCGGAAAACUGGGCUUGAAUGGGAGAUCCUCGGAGACCUAGGCAUGCGCUUGCACCACAAAGAGGAGGCUAAAGAGGCUUAUCAGCGAUGCCUCGACACUUCGCGCUACUCUCAGAAGCCAUGGGCGAAGCUACUAGAAAUGUACGCCGAGGAAGGAGAUAUUACGCGCACCAUCCAGGCUGCCAUACGGGUAGCAGCAUACCAAUAUGCUGAUUACACGGAGAUGACCUAUCCAACGCUGAUUGCGCGGUGCUUCUUCAAGCUUGGCCAGAUCCAUGGCCAUGCCAAGAUCUCCUUUACCCUUCUGAGCAUGGGUUUACCCGAACCGAUCCUGAAAAUCAUGGAUAGCUACCUUCAAUAUGGGAAGACGUUUAAGGUGGAGGGAUAUGACUUUUAAUCACUUAAUCUUCUUCUUGUCCUUUGUCCGUUCCCAUACCUACAUCUUUCAUGUCAAUACUUCUUCGCUUGAGAUUGUAAUGAUGUGAAGCGAAAAAUAGUGAGGGAGGUAAUUCCACCAGGUUCAUGAUU